UUCUUCUAUAUCCCGGAAGUUUUAAAUUGAGUCGCGGAGAAAGUGGAAGCAGUUGUUUGUGUCCGUCCUGCAGAUAUUUGUUUGUUUGUUUGUUUGUUUGUUUGUUUGUUUGUUUGUUUUUUGUUUGCUCGGGUUUCGAGCAGCACCUGCCGGCCGCCUCACGUAACGCUUCACCACCGGUUAGUCGCUGACGCUCAUGUUCGGCUUCCAACUGGUUCCGGUGGACGGCGGAGCUCCGGUCCACGUGCCGCCGGGAGACACGGUGCUGGGCCGCGGCCCCCUGCUGACAGUCAGUGACCGGAGGAUCUCUCGACAUCACGCAGUGCUGCAAAACCUGGACGGAAAACUGAGACUCAAACCGACUCACCUGAACCCGUGCUUCAUCCAGUCAUCGCUCACUGAUGACCCUCGACCUCUGGUCAAAGACUUGUGGUGGCCUCUUCACAAUGGAGACGUCUUCUCUUUGCUGCCGGGACAGUUUGUCUACAGAGUGGCGGAGGUGGGCGGAGCCAGCAACAGAGAUGGUCACAAAGAGAAACAGGAAGAGGAGGAGCUUUCCCAUUCUCCGGAGCCAGACGAGGAGCCGAAUCGUCCAAUCAGAACGAACUGUGGCCAGACUCCGCCUCACGAGGAGUCACCAGGUCUGUCAGAGGAGGAGGAGGAGGAGCCAAGUCCAAACAGACAUUUAAAGGAAGACAAAUCUGUCAGAGUGGAAGUGAAGGACGAUAAUGAUGAAGGUGAUGACGGGGGCGGAGCCUCGUCGGUCAUGAGGACCAGAGUGUUACCUGUGUGGAUGAUGGCGGUCGUAGCUACACCGCAUGGCUCCUUCCCCAAACCCAAAGUCGUGUCGGUGAAAAGAAGCACCGCCUCUAAACAGGCCACACCCCCUGCAGCUGACUCUCCUGUGGAGGUGGAGCUCAGUGAGGAGGAGGAGCAGAGGCCAAGGAAGAAGAGGAGGAGGAGGAAGGUGAGAGACAUCAGUGAUGAAGAGGAGAAGACAGAGGCCACGCCCACUGCAGCUAUUGACUCCGCCUCCACCACCAUGCGAGCCUCUGACAGUGAACCUGAGGACAACAGGAAGUCUUCUGUCCCAACGCCGUCCAAACGUCAACUCAGAACACCAUGUCCAUAUGGGCGGGACUGUUACAGGAAAAACCCAGUCCAUUUCCAGGAGUGCAGUCACCCUGAGGACACAGACUAUGAGGACGAGGAGCAGGGGACGGAGCUGGACCGACCCGAGUGCCCGUAUGGUACCGACUGCUACAGGAAAAAUCCUCUUCACAGAAAAGAGUUCAGACACACAAGGACAGCAGCUCGCACCACACGUACCGCCCCCAAGAAGAGCCCCGCCCACGAUGAGGACGAGGACGAGGACGACAGCUUCAUCGACGACGGCAGCGAGGACGCGGGGGAUGACUCUGACUAUGUCCCUCCUGACUCAGAGGACAGCGGCAGGGAGGACAUCCACAGACUGCAGAAGGAAGCAAAGAUGUUUCUGCAUGGCAGGAAGUAGACGCCCACUUCCUGUUUGUGUUUCAGGUUUUUGGGGUUUUUUUUGGACUUUGAUUUUUAAAGUGUUUUUUUUGCUCGACACGAAACUUUAUUGACAAACACUGCUAAGUUAAGCUAUACUACAUUAUUCUACUAUACUGGUAUGCUGUGCUAUGCUAUCCUUUGCUACUGACGCCAAUGUGUUAAGAUUUAUUAAACAAAACGUCAAGUUAUUGAGCAUUAAUGCUAAAUGUCAAACAUCUGGUUCCCUUCAUUACUGUGGUCGUUGCUGUUUCUAGCUCGAGGCUUAGUCGUCUUCUGUAGUUUGAGGCUGCGUAUGCUACAUUAGUCUUCUGUCUUCAGUCUUAGCGUGAGGCUACAUAGGCUAUGUUUGUCAUCGUUGCGUGUGAAUCGUGAGGUUUAAAAUGUAGACUCACCAGUGUUCUCACCUGUGCUCAGGUGUUUGAGACGUUUCUAUUAUGGCUACAUAGCUAACAUUAGCAGCUGGUGUAAACAGGAAGUGCUUGGUAACGUGGAUUGUCCACGCUAAAACCUAACUCCACAGUUUUCAAAAUAAAAGUCUCAGUCAGGC